AUGAAAUUAAAUCAUAUAUCACUUUUUAUAACCCUAUCGAUUAUUUUAUUGGUAUUAUUACCAGUAAAAUCAUCAAUCAUUUUUGAAGAAAAUCAAAAUUCAACUGAACAACAACCCAGAGUGUUCGGUUUAGAUUGUUAUGAUGAUAAUACUAUAGUCGUUCGAAUAGUUCGUAAAGAUCCUUCCAAAUUUCAGUGUCUUAAGGAUUAUUUAUCUAUUCGUACAAUUUAUCCCAAUGGAACUGUUAAAGAAUUUGAUCUUUCAUCAGAUACAUUAAAUAUACAACCUUUUAAUUUUUGUAUUCUUCCAAAAUAUCCAAAAGCAAAUCCUCUUAGAUUUUAUCCAGUAAGAAAAAAUUUUUUGUUAAUAACUUACGCGGAAGCUGAUGAUAUAAACAAUUUUUACACUUAUAAUGAUUGGGGAGUGGUUAUCGACUUAGAUGGAGGAAUUCACAGUAAAAUUAAGCUGGGACCAUCGUACGUUAAUAUCACUACUAAAGAUUGGAAGCCAGGUCAAGAUUCCAUCACGCUAAAUGUUCAUCGUGAUAAUGGAUUUCUCCGAACCGCUCCUUUAACAAAUUCUACUGGUUAUUCCUUACAGCAAUUUAUAAUGUAA